GUUGUCGCAGUAGAGUAAAACUUCGGAACACUUUGGUCAUUGAAAUAGCAAUGGUAGCACAUGAGUGGUUGAACAUUGUUGCUGUGUGGUGGCUGACAUAACGCACAGUCGCCAGUUUUUCCCUGCGUUCCAGACAAAGAACGAGUUAACAGACUCUAUCUUUUGCAGGCUUCCAGUAACGGGAUAUGACACUGUCGUCUGCCGUUUUACGAACCGGCUAUGUUGUCCUCACAUUUGAAGCCAGCAUCGAUUCAACGGUCUCUCUUAACUGCAGAUACUAGCUAUUUUGCUGACUCCAUGGGCAGUGGAACAAGACAGUUGUAAAUGGCAGGAAAAGAACAGUGUAAGACUAUGUCGGACGAGCAGAUGUGGGAUGAUUUUAAGUUUCAAAUAGCCAAAAGACAGGAAGAAAAUCUGAUACCAUUGAAAGAAGAUUUGGCAGAUUGGAUGAACAAAAUCUUAGACAUAGAAAAUAUUACGGUUGAAAACUUCAUGGAGGCAUUAGAUAAUGGGAUCAUUAUCUGUAAACUUGCUAAGUUGAUCCAGAGAAAGGCAGAAAGCUGUCGACAGGAAGGUUUGAUUUCAGAGGUUGUCCCACAGAUGUCGUUCAAAUGUUGGGAAAACGCAAGAUCGAAGUCUUUCUUCGCCCGCGAAAAUGCAGAGAACUUUCUUAAAUGGUGUCGAAAAUUUGGUGUGCGUGAAGCUGUUAUAUUUGAAUCUGAAGGCUUAGUAUUGCACACCCAACCUCGUGCUGUGGUGUUAUGUCUUUUGGAGCUCGGAAGGAUUGCUUCAAAGUAUGGCAUCGAGCCACCAGGACUCGUUAAGUUGGAGAAGGAAAUAGACGAACACGAAUCAACGGGAUCAACUAUAGCCUCGGACUCAGAGUCCAUCUCCCCAGUUCCAUCCCUAGUUCCAAUCUAUUCAACCAGAAUGGAAUACACGCCACCUAGCUCCUCACCAGUCCCUAUGCCUAAAACAGAUGAUUCUUCUUCUAGCGUAUCUCCCACCCCGAUGUGCACUGGUACCGAUUCAACAGACUCUGUGGCGAGCGCUUCAAGUCAGAAUUCAAUUACUCCGCCCUCACUCCCAAGUCCUGUCCGGUCUAAUGGAACACCCACAAAACCUCGACCGAAGUCUUCAGAUUUGGACAAAAAGGUGAUGCAAAUCGCUGAUGACGUUUUAGAAGAUAAAGCUCAGAUAAAGAAGGUAUCCGAAGGCCGAUACAGCGUUGCUGGGAAAAGUGUGUUUGUACGACUCUUGAAAGGUCGUCACGUGAUGGUCCGUGUCGGUGGAGGUUGGGACACCCUGGAACACUUCCUAUCCCGUCAUCAUGUGACUGAUCCUUCUCAGGUCAAGCUCAUUGACAGUAAACAGGCGUGGUCUGAUGUCAACUCUCAACCUUCAAACCCCUUGUCCAAUGAUGGUAGAUCUGAAUCUUUACUUAAUGUUAGAGCUAAGCACAGAAACUCCACGAGUUCCCUUCCAGACAUUUCUCAUAGCACUAAUUCCAGAAAGAGAUCGGUUGAUAUUCAAAUUUAAUUUUCGUGAAGCAACUCAAAUUGAAUGAACCAUAGAGAAGUGUUGAAGUUAUAAGUUGGUCUUAUUCGAUGAUGUAUUAAGAACUUAGGUUACGAAAAGACCAAUUUCGAUUGUAUAGUUCCAAACCAGUGAAUAAAGAAAGCUGAGCCAGCUAUAACUUUGAACGAAUUGAAAAAUAGAUCCGAGGAAUUUCUCAGUUAAGGUUAUGGUCUUUUUUUUUUUUAUUUUUUUUACUUUUUACUAG